CCUCCCUCCUCCCCUCGCGGCUGGGUCUGCGCUGGGGCGCCCGGUCCCCUCCGCAGCCGGGACGCGCGGAACUCGCGGCAGGAGUCGGUCUCGGAGCCUCCUCCCUCCCUUCCCCUUCCCUGCCCCCUUCCCCCACCCCGCCUCGGACCCGGAGCGGCGGCCGGAGGAGCCCGAGCCCCCACGCCGCCCCUGAGCUGGAGGGAUGGAGAACUCAUCCGCCGCGUCGGCCUCGUCUGAGGCUGGGAACAGCCGCUCCCAGGAGAUCGAGGAGCUGGAGCGCUUCAUCGACAGCUAUGUGCUGGAGUACCAGGUGCAGGGGCUGCUGGCUGACAAGACGGAGGGAGACGGCGAGAGCGAGCAGACGCAGUCCCACAUCUCCCAGUGGACAGCAGACUGCAGUGAGCAGCUGGACAGCAGCUGUUCCUUCUCCCGAGGGCGAGCCCCCCCACAGCAGAACGGCAGCAAAGACAACUCUCUGGACAUGCUGGGCACGGAUAUCUGGGCUGCCAACACCUUUGAUUCCUUCAGUGGUGCCACCUGGGACCUGCAGCCCGAAAAGCUGGACUUCACCCAGUUCCACCGGAAGCUGAGACACACGCCCAAGCAGCCCCUGCCGCACAUCGACCGGGAAGGGUGUGGAAAGGGGAAGCUAGAAGAUGGGGAUGGGAUCAACCUGAAUGACAUCGAGAAGGUCCUCCCAGCCUGGCAGGGCUACCACCCGAUGCCCCACGAGGUGGAGAUCGCCCACACGAAGAAGCUGUUUCGGAGGCGGAGAAAUGACCGAAGACGGCAGCAGAGACCUCCAGGAGGGAACAAGCCCCAGCAGCACAGUGACCACCAGCCGGGCAGUGCCAAACACAACAGGGACCACCAGAAAUCCUACCAGGGGGGCUCGGUGCCCCACUCCUCAGGAAGGCCCACCCAUCACGGCUACAGCCAGAACCGGCGCUGGCACCAUAGCAACAUGAAGCACCCACCGGGCGACAAGGGGGAGGCAGGCGCCCACCGCAAUGCCAAAGAGACCGUGACCAUGGAGAGCCCCAAACUUGAGGACGCCCUGGGGGACACUGGGCACGGCGGCCUUGAGCCCCCCCGCAGCCCUGAUGCCCCCACCCCAGGGGCUCCUGAAAGGCUGCCCCCGCAGCAGCCAGGGGGUCCGGAGGCUGAGACAAAGCGUAAAGACAGUAUUAUUCCCGAGCGCAUCGGGGAGCGGCCCAAAAUUACCCUGCUCCAGUCUUCCAAAGACAGGCUGCGGCGAAGGCUGAAAGAAAAGGACGAAGUGGCCGUGGAGACCACCAACCCUCAGCAGAACAAGAUGGACAAGUUGAUUGAGAUCCUGAACAGCAUGCGGAACAACAGCAGUGACGUGGACACCAAGCUCACCACCUUCAUGGAGGAGGCCCAGAACUCGACCAACUCUGAGGAGAUGCUGGGGGAGAUCGUCCGGACCAUCUACCAGAAGGCUGUGUCUGACCGCAGCUUCGCCUUCACGGCCGCCAAGCUGUGUGACAAGAUGGCACUCUUCAUGGUGGAGGGGACCAAGUUCCGGAGCCUGCUUCUCAACAUGCUUCAGAAGGACUUCACAGUGCGGGAGGAGCUUCAACAGCAGGAUGUGGAGCGCUGGCUUGGCUUCAUCACCUUUCUGUGUGAAGUGUUCGGGACCAUGCGCAGCAGCACAGGCGAGCCCUUCCGUGUGCUCGUCUGCCCCAUCUACACCUGCCUCAGGGAGCUCUUGCAAUCUCAGGACGUGAAGGAAGACGCCGUCCUGUGCUGCUCGAUGGAGCUGCAGAGCACAGGCCGGCUGCUGGAGGAGCAGCUGCCCGAGAUGAUGACCGAGCUCCUGGCCAGCGCCCGCGACAAGAUGCUGUGCCCCUCGGAGUCGAUGCUGACGCGGUCGCUGCUGCUGGAGGUCAUCGAGCUCCAUGCCAACAGCUGGAACCCUCUGACGCCCCCCAUCACGCAGUACUACAACAGAACCAUCCAGAAACUGACAGCCUGACAGCCAGGGGGCCUGGCGGGCGGCCCGCGGGCAGCUGGGGCCCUGGUACACGGGGCCAGAUGGACAGGCGGGAGGACAGGGGUGGCCCUGGCGGGAGAAAGAAAUGGGGAGGAAGCAGGCAGUGCCGGCGGCCGGUCUGGAGCCAGACAG